GUUUUCCUUUCAAGAACCAGGGCAGUGGGGCUGUUUCCUCGCCCUCUGACAGGGAGAAGGGGAGGGGGCGCUUCUUUUUUUUUUUCUUCCUCUCUUGCAUUUUCUUUUUUUCCGGCCGUGCAUGGCAGAUUUCCUGUGUUUGUCACAGACGGACAGCAGCGCAGCCAUGGACAGACUCCCUGGCGAGAGCUGAGCCAAAGGGGAGACCGUUAGAUCGGCAAGGCAAUUGAAACCGGGGGAGGGGGGAAGGGGAGAGAGCGGACAAUCCCCGGGCCGGUUUUGCAGCUGCGGCUUCGUUGUGCGGCUCAGCUCCUGCAGCGAUUCUGCCGCCUGGCCCCAGGAGCGCUCUGCCAGGCGCAGGGCGAGCCGCCGCAGCUCAAAGCAUGGCCAGCGACUACGCGGCUAGGAGCUUGGAGAGCAUCGAUCUGGGGACGCUUCGGGAUCCAGCAGGGAUAUUUGAAUUGGUACAAGUCGUUGGAAAUGGGACAUACGGGCAAGUUUAUAAGGGUCGCCAUGUGAAAACGGGGCAGCUAGCAGCAAUCAAGGUUAUGAAUGUUACCGAGGAUGAAGAAGAAGAAAUCAAACUGGAAAUAAAUAUGUUGAAGAAAUAUUCUCAUCACAGGAAUAUUGCAACAUAUUAUGGAGCGUUUGUCAAGAAAAGUCCUGCAGGUCAGGACGACCAGCUAUGGCUGGUUAUGGAGUAUUGCGGAGCCGGGUCUGUAACUGAUUUGGUGAAGAAGACGAAAGGAAAUUGUCUCAAGGAAGACUGGAUUGCAUAUAUAUGCAGAGAAGUUCUCAGGGGCUUAGCACACUUACAUAUGCAUCAUGUUAUCCACCGAGAUAUUAAAGGACAGAAUGUGCUCCUAACAGAAAAUGCUGAAGUAAAACUAGUGGAUUUUGGUGUGAGCGCUCAGCUGGACAGGACCAUUGGGAGGAGGAACACGUUCAUUGGGACUCCCUACUGGAUGGCCCCUGAAGUCAUCGCUUGUGACGAAAACCCAGAAUCAACAUAUGAUUACAGAAGUGACUUGUGGUCUCUGGGAAUCACGGCUAUAGAGAUGGCUGAAGGAGCACCCCCUUUGUGCGACAUGCAUCCCAUGAGGGCCCUUUUUCUCAUUCCACGGAACCCUCCUCCCAAACUGAAAUCCAGGAAAUGGUCAAAGAAAUUUCUUAACUUCGUUGACAGUUGUCUGGUUAAGAAUUACAUGCAUCGCCCAGCCACAGAAACCUUACUCAAACAUUCCUUUAUCAGAGACAUGCAAAACGAGCGGCAAGUGCGCAUCUUGCUAAAAGACCACGUGGAUAGGACGAGGAAGAAAAAGGGAGAGAAGGAUGAGACGGAGUAUGAAUACAGCGGAAGUGAGGAAGAAGGUGAUGAGCUGAAUGAAGACGAAGGAGAACCAAGCUCCAUAGUCAAUCUCCCCGGGGAGUCCACCCUCCGCCGUGAAUUCCUGCGGCUUCAACAGGAGAACAAAAACCGUUUGGAUCCUCAGUGGCAGCAACAGAUUCAGCACCAGCAACUGAAAGACCAGGAAAAGUACAAAAAGCAGCUCUUGGAAGAGAGGCAGAAACGAAUCGUGGAGCAAAAACUACAGAGGAAAAAGUUGGAAGAUCACCAAAAGAAAGAAGAGCUCCGGAAGCAUCAGGGCCUUGAAAGGCGAUGUCUGGAGAUCAAGCAAGCUCCAAGCAAAGCUGAAAAGGAUAAAGACUGCAGGAGAAGUAUUGAGGAUGACCAGUGCAAAGUGGAGGGAGAAAAGAAACUGGAGAGUCAGCAGAAAGCAAUUGAAGAACCACAUCAUGGGAAGAAGCUUCAUCGAACUCUUCCCAAGGAUCAAACACAAUUACUUUCUCUCCAGCAUGAUCACAAACAGAAAAAUAAAGAUGCACCCAAGAUACAGAGCCCGCCUGCACCUCUUCCAUCAAACAGUGCUAGCAAAGAGACCAAAAGCAAGAAGAGUGAAAGCAUCCAAACGGAUCUCAACUGGGCAGCCCUUCUGGGACAUGAAGCCGUCUCUCACGGUAGGCUGGGAUCUGGCAGUAGUUCCAGUCCUUGCACGCCAGCGCUGCAAAGAGCAGGAUUUGCUCAGAAUGAAAACCUGCGGGCCAGUCGUGAGAUGUGCAGUUCACUGUCAGAUGUGGCCACAACACCUCUCAGCGCCAGUCAGGAUGACGUGUUCUGGAAUGUAUGUCAGAUGGAAGAGCAGCCUCCAAAGGUUCCAGAAAGAACAAUCUCAAAAUUUUAUGGCGGAGGUCACUUUGGCCAUCAAAGUUAUCCUUCCAGCACCCAGCAGUCAUCCCUGGGGGGACAUGCUGUGAAAAUAAACAGCAACUGCAGCAGCACCAGUAGCAACAGGCAACGAGAGCCAGCGUCUCAUCAGAACCACAGAUCAGCUUCAGGAUCAUCUGUCCACCAUCAGUCCUAUAAGAAGCCUGAGCACACAUCUCAUCUCUGCCGUAUUUCAAGUCCUCCCUUCUUGGCCAAGGGAAAAGAUGGUGCCAACUUGCUCCUGAAAUCAGCAGAAUAUUCAUCCUCCAGCGAUGAAGUGUGCAGUAGUGAUGAAGAGGAUGACAGCUGUGACUGUAGUCACAUCAGGCAACCACUCAGCAACGGAGUGACCAGUUUCUCAAGGGCAAGAGUUCCAGAUGGGAUUGAACUGAAGCCCCAGAGCAUUGCAACUGAACAGAAGGAUCGUGUUGCAGGAAAACUAAGCAGCUGUAGUACUGAUGAAGGGUUCUGGAGCAUGAGCAACCAAAAUUACCUUCUCCCGGAUCUCUUGCAGCAAAGCCAAAUUUCAGACUGUUCUGCCAACCAGCUAAAGUUUGCCCAGAACAGUCACGGACUUCAGAACAAGUCUGUUCCUAAGCAGGUACCAAGCAUUGAAAAUACCUCCUCAACAAAUAGCUCCUCAUCUGUUUCAUCAUUUACUUCAUUCAUAGACCCUAGGCUUCUACAGAUCUCUCCUCCCUCCAGUCCAACGGGAUCAAAUUGUAGUUCUCAUUCCAGUGCCAAACCAGAACCUACCAGUAGGCAAAAUGCAAGGAAAGGUUCUGUUGUCAAUGUGAAUCCGACCAAUAUCCGACCGCAGAGUGACAGCCCAGAAAUCCGCAAAUACAAAAAGAAGUUCAAUUCAGAGAUCUUGUGUUCUGCAUUGUGGGGGGUAAAUCUGCUUGUGGGGACCGAGAACGGGCUGUGGCUUCUGGACCGCAGCGGACAAGGAAGAGUUUACUCACUGAUAACCAGGAGGCGGUUUCAGCAGAUGGAUGUGCUUGAAGGACUCAAUGUGCUAAUUACCAUCUCAGGCAAAAAGAACAAGCUACGGGUGUAUUAUUUAUCUUGGUUGAGGAAUAAGAUUUUGCGAAAUGAUCCUGAGGUGGAGAAGCGGCAAGGCUGGGUGCCAGUGGGUGAUCUGGAAGGCUGCGUCCACUACAAAGUUGUGAAAUACGAGAGGAUCAAAUUUCUUGUGAUUGCUGUAAAGAAUUCAGUUGAGGUCUAUGCCUGGGCUCCCAAACCAUACCAUAAAUUUAUGGCCUUUAAGUCAUUCACAUCACUUCAUCAAAAGCCCCUGUUGGUCGACUUGACAGUAGAGAAUGGGCAGAGGUUAAAAGUCAUCUAUGGCUCACCAAUUGGAUUUCAUGCUAUUGAUGUGGACUCUGGUUCAGUGUAUGACCUGUAUCUGCCAACACAUAUCCAGGGGAAUAUACAUCCGCAUGCUGUUAUCAUACUCCCUAAUACCAGUGGAAUGGAACUUCUGCUCACCUAUGAAGAUGAAGGAGUCUACAUAGACAUCUAUGGACAUUUCUCAAAGGAAAAUGUUUUACAGUGGGGAGAAAUACCUGCAUCUGUAGCAUAUCUUCAGUCCAACCAAGUAAUGGGUUGGGGAGAGAAAGCUAUUGAAUUGCGUUCUGUGGAGACAGGAAACCUGGAAGGGGUGUUUAUGCACAAGAAAGCACAGAAGUUGAAGUUUCUAUGUGAGAGGAAUGAUAAGGUAUUCUUCGCAUCUGUACAAUCUGGAGGCAGCAGCCAAAUUUAUUUUAUGACACUUGGUCAGAACAUCCUAUUCAAUUGGUAAAGAUCUCACUGGAGACAAACUAAGCACAUUUUUCUCCAGAAAAGAAGUGUUCAUUAUAACAUCCUUCAGUUGUGCAGCUAUAUUCAAGAUUUGCCGUUUAAUAAUUUUGAAAGAUCAAGCAAUCAAUCAAACAAAGCUGACCGUGUGACAGAUGUAGCAGUUGCUCUAUACUACAAAGUAUGCACAGAUAUUUUUGCACAAGUAUUGUAAUGCUAUUGUUAAAUUCUCAUGGUUUUUAUUUUGGAUAGCAAUAUGUACAGGUAGAUUUAUUAAGUGUGUACAUCUCUUGCUGAGAACUGGAACCCACAAUGUUUACUUAGUUUUCUAUUAUUUUUUCUUCUGUUCUUCAGAAUCUUGUUUCAUCAGAUGGUUUGGUCUUCUCAGAACUAACAAGUUACAGCACUGCAAAGAGUCACUAUGGUAUAGUGAUUACUAGACAUGCCUGAAGGGAGGGUGGGAUAACAUGAUAGACUGCAGUGCUGUUUUAUCACGUUUGUUGCUUUCCAGUGGGCAGGAGAUGUUGUGAAAGCAAGCUUUCCUGGUGGACUGUAGUGUACCAUGUACUCUUUGUCAUUAGUGGCUCCAAGUUUAAACCUUGGAUAGGUAAUUACAAUAUUUUGCCAUGUUUGUUGUCACUGCAGAAUGUAUUUCUAAGGAAUGGUUUUAGAGAGAUCCUGCAUGGUUCUUAAAAAGUAAAAUGUGAUGACUCAAAAAAAAAUGUAACAAUAAGUUCUUCCAUCUUGUAACUCCUGUUAACUGCUGAUACAAUAGAAAAUAUAUGUAUAGCUUUGUAAAUAUGUUCUGUCAGAAACUUGAUAUAUAUCUUGUUUAACAAAUACAUUCCUUAUAUAGCCAUAGAAACAUCCCAAAGAAAUAAGUGGAAUAAUUCAGUGGGGAACUUCUCAUUGCAGUGGGCUUCUUUGUUUCAGUGAGGCUUGUGCAGGAGAAGUUGACAGUGGAUUGUUGACAGUGGAUUGUUCCCAAUAACUUUUUUAAAAAUCUAGGCAUUUUGUAUGACUUGCAUCUGAGCAAUAGACAUACCCUUUAAUGAAAAACUGGUGUUGCUUUUCCACCAUGAAAUUAUAUUCUCAGGGGUUAUUAUAUCUUGAGGUAUUCUGGGGUUGUGUGUUCAGGUUUACAUGUACAAUCAUUACUUAGCAGAAGUUUGUAUAAUGCUUUGGAAAAUGUAAAGCAAUAUAUAAAAGUACUACCUAAUAGUUUAUAUAAUGACUGAAAACUUGAUACAAAAGAUAUUUAUCCAAGAGAAAUAUUCUCUCAGCUGUAUUUGCAGGUCAGGGGUGGGAUGGGUAGGUUGAUAUUGAAAGUGUUUUGAAAUAUAGUGUUGACUUUAACAGAAAAUGUACCAGACUACAUAUUGCAAGAGAAUAUACCAGGACAUUUGAUGAUUCUGUAAUUGCAGACUUUCCGAUUACUUGAAGUGAGUUCAGCUGUGACUGUUAUUUGAAAAAGACACCAAAUUUUAAUGAGGGUCUUGAACAGGGGUGGCCUAUGGUAGCUCUCCAGAUGUUUUUUGCCUACACCUCCCAUCAGCCCCAGCCAGCAUGGCCAAUGGCUGGGGCUGAUGGGAGUUGUAGGCAAAAAAACAUCUGGAGAGCUACCAUUGGCCACCACUGCUCUAGAAGACAUGAACUCCUAUUUUUGAAAGGAAACAUGGUGAUCAACAAGGGAGCUUUGUACAUCUAACCAUAUGAGGAGAUUAAGAUUUGGUCUUUGUAACAUUUUAUUUCAAGAACAAAUAUUUUCAUAGACCACUGCUCACUUUGUCAGAAACUAAACAAUGAUAAACAGCUAAUGGGCAGAUCAUUUGAAUUACUUCUAUGGGAUAAUAAUCCUAUUUCUUCCAUCAGUUAUAUAAUGAUAAUGCAAUCCAUAGUUUAUACCUUGAUUCACAUAAUUAAUUUUUAUAUCAGUUCUUGUUCUGUCCAGCUAGCCAGAUAGAUUGAUUUGAGGACAGUAACUAUGACAUCUUUGCAUGGAAGGGUAAAUCCAUGGGUUUGUUGGUAUUCCUGUUCUUUGUAUCAUAUUUGUAACCAUCCUCUUUCAUCUGGCCUGUGCAAACAACUUCUGGACACUAUAGACAGGACAUAAUACAUUAAACAUCUAUAGAAAUGCAUGUGUAGGAAUCUUGGAUGUUCUAGAUCACAUUUUUAAGCCCUUUAAUUAUAUUCUAAAUGUUAUUGAAAUGGCAUAAUUGACACAUUGGUUUGUUGCACAGUCUUGAUACUCCAUUGCCAUUUGAUAGCCAGUGGUUUCAGUUUUGGUGGCUCUAUGUGGCUCAUUAGUCUCCCACUAAUUCUCUCAAGAGUGUUAUCACUCCUACCAAUGCACUGUUGGCCACUCAUGAUUCGCUGUAGGUUCUGUAACUUGGAGUUGUGUGCAAUAUGGGGAAUCCUGUUGUGUGUGGGGGGGGGGGGGGAACUGUUUCAUAUAAAUCAUUCUUGGGAUAAUA